AUGUCCGAAGCUGAUCUUACCGGACCGGCUGAAGGCCAUGAGCCAUCUAUCAUUGUCGUUCCAGACUCGGGAACUACCAGAAUCGGAGAAGAUAUGAUACUCGAGCCUCCCCGUACCGGUCGAAACAUAAUUCCCCCGGGUCCAUGGGUACAGACCUUGAUGGAUAGUGACAGCUUCGGUUCCGCCGGAAGACCCAAUCGCCCCAGAUCAGCACUGGUACGAGAUCUUAGACUCUUGCCAAGCCUACGUGAGCCGUUUCUACGAGACAGUCGCGCGAUGACAGCUUCAGCGUUAUUUUAUUUUUUGCAAUCAAAGCCGGCAAACGUUGAGAGCGGCCUGAUGACUGUCGUGGGUGCUGAAAUGCCACUUGAAGAAGAGUGCAUCCAUUGCAAGAUGCUAAAGGGCCCAUGGGCGAGAUGUGUUGUGGUACAGGGCCAACCUGGUAGGGGAUUGGCAUGCAACAACUGCCACCAACUGCGUCGGGGUUCACGGUGCGAGCACUAUGUCGCCCCGCAUCCCGAUACUGCUGAAAUACCCCAACCACAACGGCGUCAGACUCAAACUCGACAAGACGAUGAAGCAUCCUCAGACCGCCGCGCCUGGAUUCUUGAUUUUGAACACAUGGGAGACCGCAUCGAGGUGGUCAAUAGACGCAUCCUUGGCCUUUUGGAUGCGCAUGAAGACCGUGAUGUGCAGGGCCAUGAUAUUCGAGAGCUUCGCCGCAUGGUUCAGCGUCUACAAGAUGCAUACCGCGAUCUCGUACGCCGCCGAGCUGAGAUGGAUAUGUGA